AAAAAUCAAUUUAUUCCCAUUUGAGUACACUCGCAGAUUUUGCAAUAGAGAUGUUUGAUGUUCUUGAUGAAAUCAACUAUCAGUCUUACAACGAUUUUGUCCUAAGAGUUGGUAUUAAUGUUGGGCCUGUAGUAGCCGGAGUCAUCGGAGCCAGAAGACCACAGUACGAUAUCUGGGGAAACACUGUAAAUGUUGCCAGCCGGAUGGAUAGUACUGGGGUGCAAGGGAAAAUCCAGGUGACAGAAGAAGUUCAGCGAAUAUUAAAGAGGUGCAGUUAUGAAUUUGUGUGCAGGGGUAAAGUCAGUGUAAAGGGAAAAGGUGAAAUGUUGACCUAUUUACUGGAAGGAAAGGCCAAUGGAAAUAAUUCACAAACACAGUCUUUAAACUUAGAGCGGAAAAUGUAUCCUUAUGGGAGAGCAAAUGUUCAAACAAAAUUGGGCACCAGCUGUCCAUCAGUGUCCUCAGUUGCUAGCUUAACUCCAAAAGCUGGCCUUGGAGCAGAUCAAGCAUCUACCACUCACACAAAUCAAACACUGCAUUAUCUUCCUUCUGUGCCAGCUGUGAAGGAGGCAUAGAGCAAAGGAAAUUUGGUUGUGCCAUUUGCUAUGAACAUGGAGAGCAAUUGUUGCCUGAAUUUUUACCAAAAGAUCAGAGGUCAUAGGCCAUGGCAUUAACCAAGGACAACUACAACCCAACCAAAGAGAGCUUGGGAGCUGUGUAAUGAACUCUUGGGAUGGAACAUAUAAGGGCUAGAAAUUCUGUUUGAAGAGUCAAAAACUGAUUUUCUGGAAAUAAGGAGUAUUUUCUUGGCAUUUUUAAUGGAUAAAUGAAAAAAAAAAGAUAAACAUGCAAACAUUUAUUUGUGUGUGUGCAUAUCUUUUAAUCUGUAUAUGCACAUAUACAAACACUCCUAUGUAGACCUAGUAUAUAUAUAAAAAAAUAAAAAUAUGUAUUUAUUUACACAUCCACUUGCAAUGACAUAUCAAAGAGAUUUCUCUUUUUGUCAUAGCCAGCAUUGUUUGAUCUGGGUUUAGAAAAGCUGCAUGUAGAAUAUGUGGCAAAUGAAGGUUCUUUUGGGCUACAGCAAGGGUUAGAUAAAAUGUUCCCAGUGCAUGAGUGAAUAAAACAUUUUUCAUUGCACUGUCAAUGGCCAAGUAAUGAAGGCUGGAUUCAGCAAAUUGCUAAAUACUAUGCAUUUUUAAAUUUCUACUUGCAUGCUCCAAAAACAUGCGUUGGGAUAUAAAGCAGAUGAAGAACAGAGCUUAAAUUUUGGCAGAAUAGCAAUAUGAUGGGCUUUAUUCAGUGUUUGUUUCUUUUGUUUGUUUGUUUGUUUUUGAAAGAAAAAAAACACAAAGAUUGAUAGAGUUUUUUAAAUGGCUGAUUCUUUAGAAGCCAUUUGAUUCUUUGCAAGGAGCCACCCUGUAAACACAGCAAAAUGCUUAUGCAAUAUAGAAACAUCCUUUAUAUACAAUAUCAAAGAGCAGAAAGAUGAUAUUAUUUCAGCCUUUUACAGAUAACAUAAGUCCAACAGCUCAGAUCCAGGACUUAGCUAUACCUUUUAAAGCAUCUUAAAGAAUUUUCCCACAGACAAACAUGCUAUUGUUAGCUUUGUGCCAGCUUUGUAUGUUAGUCAACAUAAUUUUAUGUCUUAAUUAAUUUUU